AUGGUGGUCCGGCCGUUCAAUGUCGUUCAACCCAAGGACGUCCCUACGGGCACGCCAGAGUACGAGUCCAAACGGGCGGCUGUGCUUCGAGCAUUCCAUGAAAAGAUCCCUCAGGAAUACUAUAUUCCCCAGGAGGUCGUCAACAGCCCGCCGCAGGAUGUCUCGGGCCUCACCACGACAUUUGGCAUCUUGACACCCGAGGAGAUUGAGAUCACAGAGACCUCCGAUGCCACGACUCUGGCCGAAGCCAUCGCGGGACGCAAGUACACGGCUGUUGCGGUGGCCACAGCCUUCUGCAAGCGAGCCAUCAUCGCCCACCAACUGACCUGCUGCUUGACCCAGUGGUUCAUGGAUGAGGCUAUUGAGCAGGCCAAGUCGCUGGACGAGUAUCUCGCGACGAAUGGCAAGACCGUGGGACCUCUGCACGGGGUGCCGGUCAGCAUCAAGGACCAUAUGCCCAUCGCCGGGACGUAUUCGUCCACGGGCACCUUUGGCAGCAUCGUCAAGAACGAAAAGGACAGCCAGUUGGUGGCCAUCUUGCGGGGACUCGGUGCCGUCUUCUACUGCAAGACGAACCAACCCCAGACCCUGAUGCAUCUGGAGUCUGACUCGCACUGGGGCCGUGUGCUCAACCCCUACAACAUCCACCUGUCCGCUGGCGGCUCGACUGGCGGCGAAGCAGCCCUUAUCGCCAUGAAGGGGUCGAUCCUGGGCAUCGGCAGUGACAUUGGCGGCAGUAUCCGCGGACCUUCUGCAUUCUGCGGCAUCUACGGGUUCAAGCCGACGUCGUACACUUUGCCCAUGAAGGACAUGAUUGCGGCGCCGUUCCCCGCCGAGCUCAACGUGCUGUGCUCGAUCGGGCCAAUGUGCCGCAGCCUGAGAGACAUGGACCUGUUCACCAGCAACGUCAUUGCGGCGAAGCCACAUCUGGAAGACCCGAGACUCGUGCCGCUUCCCUGGACGGGUCUCAAGACUCCCCUCGACGGACGGCUGAAGGUUGGCAUCAUCAGCAACGACGGCUUCAUCGACCCCCAGCCGCCAGUCAAGCGGGCCGUCGCCUGGGCGAAGCAACUCCUCUCGGACCCCAAAUACGCCGAUGUGAUCGAGGUCAAGGACUUUACGCCCUACGACGCUGCCGGGGCGUGGGCCAAGAUUCGCCGCAUGUACUGGCCGGACGGCGGGCAGGGGAUGGUCGAGCACAUCACCGAGACCGGGGAGCCGGUCCACCCGCUCUCGUCGUGGAUCUGGAAGGACGCCGAGCCGCACGGGAUGCAGACAGGCGUCGACGUGAGCAACAUGCGCGGCGAACGGGACGCCUUCCGCAUCGCCUUUGCCGAGCACUGGAAUGCCCAGGACGUCGACGUGGUCAUUGGGCCGUGCUUCGUCGGGCCGGCGUCCGCGCACGACACGGCUUUUUACUGGACAUACACGUCCCUGUACAACUUUGUGGACUACCCCGGCGUGGUGAUCCCGACGCCCAUCAAGGCCGAGAAGGAGGAGAAGUACGCCGAGGACUACAAACCGUUGAGCGAGGAGUGCGCUCACGUCAAGCAGCUGUGGGAGGAAGGGGAUUUUGAAAAAGCCCCUAUCAACCUGCAGGUCGUGGCUAGGAAAUACCACGACAACCAACUGUUUGGAGCAUUGGCCGUGUUCAAGGAUGUCUUGGGACUGAAGUAG